AUGACUACGAAGACGGCUCUUCUCGUCCUAGCGACGCCGGUCGACCCGGAAAGAACGGAGGCGUUCCACUUCCUGCGAGCAUACGGUUUUCUGAUGGACUGCGGGGGAUCAUUGUCGUCCGAUAACGCGACGUCUCUGCAUCGCGCGCUGUCGUUUUUUCAAGAAUAUUAUCAACUACCUGAUAAUGGCGCGCUAAACGUCGAUAUGCUAAAUCUCAUGUGCAAACCGCGAUGCGGUCUAGCGGACAUUCCCGAUCGCGCGUACAGCCCGUUCUCGAGAAAGUGGCCGAAAACGCGCCUAACGUGGAAUUUUCAAGUGUUUAGUGAGGAACUUUUACGAACGACCGAAGCGGCGUUCGCGCUAUGGGCGGCAAGUCCGGGAGGAGGCCUCGCUCACGCGUUCUUCCCCACCGGAGCGGUCGACUUCGCCUCGGAGGUGCACGUCGACGACGAGGAACCGUGGCACGUACAUCUGAACAAAAAUCCUUCUAAGUAUCAUUUACUGCUAACGCUAACUCACGAAAUCGACCACACCUUAGGUCUGCAGCACAGUAUUACGCACAGCGUAACGACUCGAUCAUGUUUCCAUAUAUACCCGACAACGAGUUUCAAUAUCCGGCUAAGCGUCGAGGAUAUCCUUGCUAUACAGAAUCUAUAUGAAUCUCACGACGAUGGAAAUCGCCCCGCGAUUUCCGCGACUAUCGCGGCGUCCGCUAUCACCGUAGCGUCUACUGUGAUCGGCUUCGCGCCGACCGAUCCAUCGCGCACGGAUCUUUGCGCCUUACGGCUCCUAGACGCGGUCUUAAUAAUAAAUCGGCGUUUGUACAUAUCCAACCGACGCAACAUAUGGUUAGUCGACCUAACCGAGAGACGCUACGGUAUGCCCAUGACACUAACGGAAUACGCGACGUUUCUUCCGAAUAAUUUCACGCGCCUAUCCGCUGCGUAUCAAAGACCCUCGGGCGAUCUCGCGCUAUUCGCGGACGAUAAGAUCUAUCUCGCGGAAUACUCCAGUUUUAGGUUAAAAUCGGGUUGGCCUAGAUCCCUUCACAGUAUCGAAUUUCCUCGAAACGCUAAGAUCAACGCCGCGAUAAAAGCGCACUCGAGACGAACCUACGCUAUGUACGACAAAGUAACGGAGAUCGAUGAAUGUCGCAUGCUGGUCGUUAAACACACUCCGUUAGAAGAUAUAUUUCCCGGAAUACUAUCUGCGAUAACGUCGGCCUUUCGAUACAUCGACAGUAAUAUGUAUUUCUUCGCUAAACGUCAAUUUUACGCGUUUAACAAAUUUAAGAAUAUCAUAACCUCGGCGGGUCCCUUCGACCUGCGCGUUCUCGGUGAGUGCCCCACGGACGCACUAUUAUGA